ACGAGGAAGGAGGGAGCCGGAGCGCGCGUGUAGGCAGGCGAGCCAGAGGCGCAGCGCGGUCUGUGGGGUUCGGCCCCCCCCCCAACCCCGGGAGCCGCUUUGGGGACUCGGGCAGCGGCGGGCAGGGGUGGCGGUAUUAUAACCGGGAUCCUCCGUGACGUAUGGCUGCCGGCCCCUUGGCAGCUGUCUUUCUGGACCAGUAGGCGGAGGGGGAUUGACGCCGCCGGAGACUUGCAUCUUGGAAGGGACUGUAAUCUUCUGGAGUGAAGAACCGAAGCUCUCCAUCACCCGGGUGUAAAUAAGAGCCGGAGGGGAGAGCAAAAGAAAAGGAAGAGGAGGGGGAGACGUGGGUGUCGGGGGGAGCGGGCAAAGCAUUUUUGGUGGAUGGUAUGAAGCCAGCCAUGGAAACUGCAGCGGAGGAAAAUACUGAACAGAGCCAAGAAAGAAAAGGCUGCUUUGAAUGCUGCAUCAAGUGUCUGGGCGGAGUCCCCUACGCCUCGCUGGUGGCCACCAUCCUCUGCUUCUCGGGGGUCGCCCUGUUCUGCGGCUGUGGGCAUGUGGCUCUGGCAGGCACCGUGGCGAUCCUGGAGCAGCACUUCUCCACCAACACCAGUGACCAUGCCCUGCUGAGUGAGGUAAUUCAACUGAUGCAGUAUGUCAUCUACGGAAUUGCGUCCUUUUUCUUCUUGUAUGGGAUCAUUCUGCUGGCAGAAGGCUUCUACACCACAAGUGCAGUGAAAGAACUGCAUGGGGAGUUUAAAACAACAGCCUGUGGCCGGUGCAUCAGCGGGAUGUUCGUCUUCCUCACCUAUGUGUUGGGAGUGGCCUGGCUGGGUGUGUUUGGUUUCUCGGCGGUGCCAGUGUUCAUGUUCUACAACAUAUGGUCCACCUGUGAGGUCAUCAAGUCCCCCCAAACCAACGGGACAGCAGGAGUGGAGCAGAUCUGUGUGGACAUCCGGCAAUAUGGAAUCAUCCCUUGGAAUGCUUUCCCAGGAAGAAUAUGUGGCUCGGCCCUGGAAAACAUCUGCAACACCAACGAGUUCUACAUGUCCUAUCACCUGUUCAUCGUGGCCUGUGCCGGAGCUGGCGCCACCGUCAUUGCCCUGAUCCACUUCCUCAUGAUACUGUCUUCUAACUGGGCUUACUUAAAGGAUGCAAGCAAAAUGCAGGCUUACCAAGAUAUCAAAGCAAAGGAAGAACAGGAACUGCAAGAUAUCCAGUCUCGGUCAAAAGAACAACUCAAUUCUUACACAUAAAUGUUUGCCAGAGGGUCUCAGCCAACGAAUUUACAGCUCUGACAAAUCAUCAGACAGCUGCUCUGCAGUACAGAUGUGUACCCCACCAAACAAACUCAUGUAGAAGUCCAAACACUUCACUGUCUGUCUCAAGCUGCUGGGAUGUAUUUCUAGGAAAACCUUCCAGUAGGUAACUCUCUUUCUUUACAACAGAUAUUGGAGGUUUCAGGGGAGCCAUUUUAAAAGGCAACACUUCAACAAAAUGAAUAUUUAUCCUUUUGAAAUUUUUGGCAUGUUCACAAUCCUACCAAGACAGGCUGUGAAAAUACAUGAUACCCCUUGAUAAGGACCAUGCCAUACCAGCAUCAGGCAGUAUGACCACACAUUCACUUCUGCCAUCUGUCCUCAAACACGUCUAAAUAGGAACUAAAAUGGAAUUGAUGUGACAUUCCAUUUCUGACAGCUGACAUGUAUGAAACUUUGGCUCAAAGAUAAAGUGAUUCUUAGAGUUGACCCUUAUAAGAAAAAUAUAAGCUGACCUCCCCACCCCUCUAAGUCCAGAACAUACUAAUUUCCUGGUCCAAUCAGAAAUAGUUUUUUUUUUCCCUCAAGAAUGCUAAACUGAGCCCACUAUAAUUCUGCAUUACCUACCAUGGAUGAAGCUAGAUUCAGACUGACAAGCUAUCCAAAAUCAAUUUUGUAAUAGAUUUCUUUUAAAUAAAUGUCAGCUUUGCCUUAAUGAGUAUUUGUUUUCAAUUUCUAAGAACUUACAAUAGGCAACCCCAAAUCCUUCAAAGAAUUUUGCUUCACAGAUGUUUUUCUUAAUGAAGAAGUGUUACCUUAUUAAAAUGACCACCACUCAAAACCAUUUUUAUGUGGUCUGAAUAGCAAGUUUACAGUUUCAUACCAACUAUCCAAAACCUAAUUACCAUCAGACCACAGACCUCCUACUUUUAUAGACUUGAAUACUGAAGUAAUUUCAAUUAGGUUUGAUAUUUAUUUCACUUUUUCUUAUCUAAAUCUUAAGUUUCCUGGAAUAAGAAAGUUCAAUGUUCAGGAAAAGAAAAAAAAAAACCCAAAUGCUUGAGUUUAAGCCAUCUUCAAAAGAAACUUGCCUUCUAAAUCAUUGUGUUUCAGAACAUUAAGUGACUAUAGGUAUUGGGUAUUAGUGAUGGUAAACUUUGUGUUGUUCUUUAUGAAAUGAUACAUAUAACUGUUGGGUGCAUCAGUGCUUUUAAAGGGGGCUGCAUAAUAUAAUAGGGUUAACUAUGUAUAUUCAUGUUAAGAAUUAACUUGUGGUUUGGCUGUUUCCUGGAUUUUAAACAUAUCCACCUGCAGAAAUGUGUUAAAAUGAAAGGAAGCAUACCUUUAUCAGAUGCUAUUAAAAUUGAACAGCAAGUAUAAUAUUUCAUUUGGAUUCUUUUUGUUGGUGUUGUUGUUAAUGCCUAAAAAUGCCUAUUUGGAUCUUGACUAUUUUUUCUUUUUCUAAAUUGGGAGACGAUCUCUUCUGUGUAGAACAGUUGUUCCAGAAUAGCUUGGUGUUUCGUUUUCCUGUUGCAUGACAGACCUAAAUAUUUUUUCCAGCAGUGGAGGUGCUGUUUGAGUCCAGUGUUCUAGAAGAGGCAGUGUCUAAAGCCUAAUUUUACUUUUCUAAUUCUGGUAGCUCUUACCAGGAAUUUUUGAAAGUUUUGUUUAAGUAGUCUAAUAUUUUUUAUGUAAAGAGCAUUAAAUUUUGCUAUGUAUAAAUUUUUGUAACCUAACAGUGAAUCAAUAUUUUCUAUCAGUGCCAAGGGCUUCCUGUAGUUCUAUUCAAGUGUUACAAUAAAUAUUUGUAGAUAAUAGUCAAUACCUGUGUAUGCUUAUUUUAAAGAUCUAUUUAGGUGGAAAUAGCUGUGGAUGUAUUAAGAGAAAUGAAAUAAAAAUUAUAGCUUCA